AUGAAGGCACCUACACCACCAUCCAACAACCUUCAUCAAUGUCUCAGAGGAGUCAAUGGCGUCACUAUCGGAAGCAGCCAAGAGGUGCAGGAGACUUGUGGUGGUAAUGACACAGCAAGGUCCAUGCGCCGCAUUUCCUCUAUCCUUCGGGAUGCUUUGGACAUUAUUGAUCAGGACUCUGCGUUUUUGUCCCUUACCAACCAUGACAGCGGGCCUAGGGGCGGAAACAACAAUACCAAUAACAACAACAACCCAGAUUUCCCUACAAACUGA